GUUUUUUGCAAGUUCCCCGCAAUUUCGUCGCAUAAGAUUGCAAAAAUAUCCCGCAUAUUCCAUCGCAUUUUUUAAGAAAACCUGCCGCAAAAUCAAGGAUUUUUGCCCGCAACAAUCACAAAAAUAAUCCACGUUUUUCUGGAGAGACUGUAUAAAGCACAGCAUUCAACAGAUUGUUGUAUGUCACAAACAGUGCCUCAGAGUUGGAGCAGAAGCAUUUUAGAUGGUUAUAUGCACACUUUGCAGGCUUGUAGAGGCAGGGCAAUUAUCUUUUGUAAACAUUGAAUUUUUGUGUUCGUGCAGUCAUAAAACAUAAGUGACUGUUGCAAUGCGUGUGUGUGUGUGUAGGUGCCCCUCGCUGCUGUGUUUGUUAGGCUACCAUUGCAGAGGGAGGUUGUUAAGCAUGUGCCUGGACUCUGGGGGCAGUGGUUUGGGUUGCAGCCAACACCACAGAUGGCCAGGAUCUCUCGCUCUCUAUCGUCAUUCUUCUCUUCACUCUUUUCCCCCUCUCAACUUCUCCCACACUUGUUUUUCUCAAACAUGCUUUUGUAAUAACCGGCUUCCCAAAAAACGAGGGUGUUGCGAUUAUCAGUCACAGUCUGUGUUUUUAGAAAUGUUACAUACAUGCCCAAACAUACUUAAAAAAACAAAGACAAGGGAGCGAAAGACGUCACUCACAUUGUGUUUAGUAAAUUGCAACAUGUGUUUUCAAGAAUCCCAAUAACAUGCAAGAUUAUGACGUGCUUUCUAGCAGGUUAAGGCAGUAAAAUUUUAUCCUGCCGUGUCUCUGAUGUGCCUCACUCGUGAUUCACACACUUAUUCAUGUGCUGCGUUACUUUACUGCGUCAAUGACUUAUCAGCAGCUCAACAGCAUGUUUUUGCCGUUUAGGCAGAGCAGCCCGUUCCAGAGCGGCAUGUGAAGUAUUGCGGUCCUCCAGUGUGUCCUCCAUAUCUGUGGGCUCUUCGCUGACACUGUUGGCAUCUAGUUUGUGCAUUGAGAGCCAAACGUAUAUCACAUCAUUGUGUAUGUUUGGCUGGAAGACCGUUUUGUUGGAGGUCAUAUCAGCGGUGUUUGGUGGUGCAGACAGGGAGUGGAGGAUUUUUUUUGUUUAUCUCACUCAUGCGAUAAGGUUUUUUUUGUGCUGUGUUGGACUGACGUAGUUUCAGGAUGUGAGACGCGGAGCAAUCUCCUAUGACAGCUCUGAUCAAACCGCUCUGUAUAUUCGCAUGCUAGCUGUGACAAACAAAACUAUCAAACCCUCAUUCGUGUAUACACCAGGAGAUGUGAGAGUGAGAAGUCAGGUAGGCUUUGAACCCGAACGAAGAGGCUCGCACCCGUACCUGGGCGUCGAUUUCCGCACUUUGCACUCCCGUGCUGAGUCAGCAGGGACGAUUCCUGCUCGGAGAAUCCGGAGGCUCUUUAGUUUCCAGCGACACCUGCUUUCAUCCCGUCUGCUGCGAGGAGCGCCACACCUCAACCCCCUCCACAUCUUGGAUGAGGACUACUGCGGUCAGGCCAAGUGUAUGCUUGAAAAGGUCGGAAGCUGGAAUUUUGAUAUAUUCCUCUUUGACCGACUUACAAAUGGAAACAGUCUUGUGUUCUUGACAUUUAAUUUGCUGAACCAGUAUGGUCUCAUUGAGCUCUUCCAGUUAGACAUGGUUAAACUGCGUCGAUUUCUAGUUCUGGUUCAAGAAGACUACCACAAUCAGAACCCUUACCACAAUGCAGUCCAUGCUGCUGAUGUCACCCAGGCCAUGCACUGUUACCUGAGAGAACCCAAGCUCGCCCAGUCCCUCACAUCAUUCGACAUCCUCUUAGGGUUGCUGGCCGCGGCCACACAUGAUCUGGACCACCCUGGAGUCAACCAGCCUUUCCUCAUCAAAACCAACCAUUACCUUGCAGCUUUGUACCGGAAUACCUCAGUUCUGGAGAAUCAUCACUGGAGGUCUGCAGUGGGUCUGCUCAGAGAGACCGAACUCUUUUCCAAUCUUCCUGCAGAAGACAGUCUGAGUAUAGAGAGGCAGCUGGGAUCACUCAUUCUGGCCACAGAUAUCAGCCGACAGAAUGAGUACCUGUCCCGGUUCAGGACACAUCUGGAUGAGAACGACUUGUGUUUAGGAAACGCUUCUCAUCGACAUUUCGUUCUGCAGAUGGCCCUGAAGUGUGCGGAUAUCUGCAACCCAUGUAGACCAUGGGAGCUCAGCAAACAGUGGAGUGAGAAGGUCACGGAGGAAUUCUUCCACCAAGGUGACAUUGAAAAGAAGUAUAAACUUGAAAUCAGUCCACUGUGCGAUAGUGAAGCCAACACCAUAGCCAGUGUUCAAAUCGGUUUCAUGACUUACGUGGUGGAGCCUCUGUUUGCCGAGUGGGCGCGCUUUUCGGACACGCGGCUCUCUCAGACCAUGCUUGGCCAUUUGGGCCUGAACAAGGCCAGUUGGAGCGCCAUGGAGCCCGAGGCAUCGGGGAGCUCCGAGGAGGGGGAGUCCGAACCGGGCCGUGCCACAGACGAGCCCAGUUCCAGAGUCUUAUCUCAGGGAAGCCAAGAGUCAUGACACCCCAGCGCUCGCAGAACACCUCUACUGCCCUCAGCCAAACACCUUACAUCACAUUUGAGUUACUCACCACCCAUCUCCAACCAACCACUGAUGAUUUGUUUUCCCCUUUUUAUCGUUCAUUUGUAGAUUUAAUUUAUUUAAUUUUAAAUGCUCAUUUACCCUUCAACAUAGAGCAAUACAUAGAUACCUCAUUUGGCUACUGCUGCAAUUUUAUUUUCUUUUUAUUAUUGUGAUGUAUUUAUUUAACCUUAUUAGUUUUUUUUUCUUCUUUUGGGCGUUACUAAUUCAACUCUGAUGCUUUGAUUAAAGACUGAAAGGGAAUGUGGGGUAGGAAGGAACCCCCUCCUAUGGCUUUAAAGUGCCAUUUUUAAAACAACGAAUUGCUCUGAAAGUCAUUUGAAACACCUUGAGUAUUUAAAGGAGAGGUUUUUACAACCGCACCAAGAGACGAUGUGUGUGAAAUCGAAUGCGUGCGAGCGUGUGUGUGUGAGAGUGUGCCAGUGCUUCUGCAAAUCAAUCUUCCUCCUUGUGUACAAAAAUACAAAUGUGAAGAGCCCAGUCCUGUUGCUGCCUCUGAAGACUGUUUACACAUGUUGUUUUCUAACUGAAUCAUGUUAGUUCUGUGAUUAAUUGCCUUUUAAGCACAGAUGUGAAGAACCACUUGUAAAAAAUAAUUUCGAAGCCUACUGCUGAUGAUCAACGAAAUCUGUCAGACUGCAACCAUGUCGGUGUGACGCAUCAGAUGCCAUACGAAUGCCAUUUGUGCUCCAUUGCAUCUCUCUCCCUUGUAUUUCAGACAAUGUAUUGAAGGAACGUCCCUCCGUGAAAGGUGGCAGAGAUGAACCCUUUUGACCAUGGAAGAAGGAUCUUGUCAGCGGACUCUCCAUGGAUUUUGCUCAGGUUUUCACCGGCCUGCUUAUUUGGGAGAAACAAGGAAGUAAAAGGUGCCUUUUGUAGGUUGCCACCAACCCUCUUUCUCUCUCUCCUCUAUAUUUUGUAAAGAAAAAUGAGAAGUCCUUCUCAGAAUGUCUCAAAGCCACCCUCGUCUCUUCGGAAAACUGCUACAAAAUGCCUUAAAACUAUGCACAAAGCUAAGUGACCAAACCAGCUGUCAUUUUUAUUUUAAACUCAUCACAUUGUCCAUUUAGUGCACUGUCUGACCCUCUGACCCUGAAUUAUUAAUAUAUGGAGAAUUGGUUUAAUGAUUUGAUUUUUAACGUUGAACAUUCCAUUUUUGUGAAUUGUUUUGGAUUCUGUACAGAAUGGACAGUUGUUGUUUUUUUUUUUGUGCUUCUCUUGAUAUUUUGAAAGAGAAGAGGUGCUUUAUUUUAGGUGAUUUGUAUUUUUGUUGUAAGUGCUGUAAGACUGUUGAUUUAAGAAAAAAAAACUGUUUACAAUUUGUUGUAACAGCCAUUUUGGGGAGACGACUUAUGUGUCAAGCCAUUUUGUAAAGGCUUUGCCGUAUAACCUUUUGAUACAUACUUGUUGCAAUUGCAUUUUUGAUGAAUAAAACUUCACAAAAUGUUUCUCUACCAGA